AUGUCCCAGCUUGGCGGCAUGAAUGCGGACGAGUUUCGAAAAGCUGCUCAUGCCGUGGUUGAGGAAAUCAUCAGCUACAAUCAGAAUGUCGCUUCAGGUAACCUUUCAGUUCUGCCGUCAAUCAAACCAGGCUAUCUUCGACCACAACUGCCUUCCACUGCCCCUCAACACCCUCAAACAUGGGAUCAGAUACAGCCAGAUAUCGCCAAAUCCAUAAUACCCGGACUGACACAUUGGCAAUCGCCAAACUUCAUGGCCUUCUUUCCAGCAUGUGCUACUUACCCUAGCAUACUCGGAGAGAUGUAUAGCAGUGCUUUCACUGCUCCAGCUUUCAACUGGUUGUGUAGCCCAGCCUGUACCGAGCUUGAAACAAUCGUGCUAGACUGGUUAGCGGACGCAUUGCACCUUCCAAAAGAUUUCAGAAGUGACAGUCCUGGUGGAGGUGGAGGUGUCAUUCAGGGUUCAGCUUCGGAAGCAAUCGUGACUGUUAUGGUCGCUGCUCGCGAAAGAUACCUGAACCGAAGAGCUGAUGCAAAAGAUUUGAAGGACCCAAGCCCUGAACGCGAGAAAUGGAUCGCGAACACGAGGCCGAAGCUUGUUGCAUUGAGUUCGGAUCAAGCACAUUCAUCAACUGCAAAGGGUGCAAUAAUAGCAGGGACCUUCCACAAGACUGUCGGGACCAAGUGGGGGGAGGAUCUUGCAGUACAACCGGGUGCCCUCGAAGCUACCAUAAAGAAGUGCCUCGAGGACGGACUUGAGCCAUACUACAUUACAUUGUCGUAUGGUACAACAUCGACAUGUGCUCAAGAUCCAGUACAUCUUCUCGCCCCCAUUCUGCAAAAAUAUCCUGAUAUUUGGAUUCAUAUAGACGCAGCAUACGCCGGCACAGCUUUAGUCUGUCCUGAAUACGCCAACACCUCAGCUCCGGCGACGAAUGGAAACAUAAGAAAACCGGAAGGACUCCCAAUGAAUGACCACGACUUGUCUCAAAAGAUCGAUACCGCCGAACCUCCACUGGAAUCACCUAAUGGGUUAUUACCUGCUGCCUCAGACGUGCUGAAGCACGUUGACUCCUGGAACACCAACAUGCACAAGUGGCUUCUCACUGCAUUUGAUGCCUCACUCCUCUUCAUCCGUAAUCGAAAAGAUCUCACAAGUGCAUUGAGCAUAACACCGGCUUAUCUGCAAAACAAACAUACCGAUUCAGGUCUGGUCACCGACUACAGAGAUUGGCAAAUCCCUCUAGGUAGAAGAUUCCGAGCUUUGAAGAUCUGGUUCGUCGUCCGAACUUAUGGCAUCGAGGGUCUGCGAGCUCACAUUCGACGAACCGUGAGAGUAGGCCAGCAUUUCGAGAAGCUUGUUACCGACUCUGCUGAUGGCAAGCAAUUGUUUGAGCUCGUGGUCGAGCCUGCUUUUGGAUUGACCUGCUUCCGCAUUAGGCCAGGAGCAAUUCCAAAAGAGUUAUCUCCAGCACAAGUACAAGAUGAAGAAGAGAGUGUCGAGACGAAGAAAACAAUCAAUGGCACACCAUUCGGCACGAUUGAGCAGCAGGAUGAUUCAGAGGACUUGGAAUCGAAGAAGAAGAAGAAACAGGCCCAACCCACUCAGUCAAUCGAAGACCUUGCAAACGCUUUCUCGAAACAAGUUGUAGAAGUCAUCAACGACCAAGGACAGCUCUUCCUUACGUCUUCCUCAACGCAUGAUAAGACUUUCAUUCGUGUGGUGUGUGGGAAUGCAAACGCAAGUCAGGAGGCAGUAACUAGAGCUUUCGAGGUCAUCGUAAAUACAACAAGGGAUGUUCUCGCAAAAGCGGUAGAUGAGGCUUCAAGAGCGUAA